UCCUCCGGUUCGGCCUCGCCGUGGUCUCGCCCAGACUCGGCCGUAGUGACAGCGGCCGCAUCAAGGAAAGAUGGCGGCUCCGGCCUCUGUGCCGGUACCGGCUUCGUGAGUGCGGCAUCCCCUCCCCGCCCCGCCGGGCGCAGGGACCAUGUCGGACUCGGAGGAGGAGAGUCCGGACCGGCAGCUCAAGCUAGUGGUGUUGGGGGACGGCACCUCCGGCAAGACGUCUUUAGCCACACGUUUUGCCCAGGAAGCUUUUGGGAAACAGUACAAACAGACUGUAGGACUGGACUUCUUUUUGAAAAGAAUAACAUUACCAGGAAACUUGAAUGUUACUCUUCAGGUGUGGGAUAUCGGGGGGCAAACAAUAGGAGGCAAGAUGUUGGAUAAAUAUAUCUAUGGAGCCCAGGGUGUCCUUUUGGUAUAUGACAUCACCAAUUACCAGAGCUUUGAAAAUUUAGAAGACUGGUAUAAUAUGGUAAAGAAAGCAAAUGAAGAAUCAGAAAUUCAGCCACUUGUGGCCUUGGUAGGCAAUAAAAUUGAUUUGGAGCACAUGCGAACAGUGAAAACUGACAAACACCAACGAUUUUGCCAGGAAAAUGGUUUCAGUAGCCAUUUUGUGUCAGCCAAGACAGGCGAUUCUGUCUUCCUGUGUUUUCAGAGAAUUACUGCUGACAUCCUUGGCAUCAAAUUAAACAAAGCAGAAAUGGAACAAUCACAGAGGGUGGUGAAGGCAGAUAUUGUAAACUACAGUCAAGAGCCUGUGGCAAGAACUGUUAACCCUCCUAGAAGCUCCAUGUGUGCAAUUCAGUGAACAUAUUUUUCUUUGUAUUGAUACCGUUGGCAGCCUUUCUUCCCUUGAACAGGCCUAGAGGUUGCCAGGAACUUUGUUUGAACAGUGACCAUCACUGUAGUGCAGUUAGAGGUUUCGAAAACUUGCUACGCCAUUGUGUGUUGAAAAGCAGCAGGCAUUUUGUUUUAUUGGCCUAGAUUCAAACAGUGGACCACACACUUUGAAAAAUUAAGAUAUAUUUCUGAAUUAUAUUCCCAUAAAGCAGUGUAACUGUGUAUACAUAUGCCCUACUAUCUUUUUGAUUGAUGUUGCGGUAAAAUUGGAUUAGAAUUCCUGUAUUCAAAAUAGUUUUAAAGGCAUUACUGCUGUAAGGUAUUUUGCCAAGGCAUUUUGUCUUUUUUUCCUGUGAUCUAAACUGACACUCAGCAAAAUGUAACUUGGAGAAGCUAUUGUCAGAUUUGAACCAGUAAUAUAUUUUAUGUAAGAAUAAUUUGGAAGAUAUUCCAUUGUUAUAUAGUGCAAAAAUGUAUAAACUGUAUCUGAUGAGAAACAGUCCUUGAAAUAAAGCUAUAAUAAGAACAUA